AAUUCUGCCACAAAACGAACGAAUCAAACGCCGAAACUCAAAAGCGCGCCAAGAAGCUGCGUAUCUCAUUCUCAUGGCCAUCGACUCUCUCGUCCUCGGCGCUGGGCAAGAGGUAGGUAAGAGCUGUGUAGUGGUGACAAUCAAUGGGAAGCGAAUCAUGUUCGACUGCGGAAUGCAUAUGGGGCAUCUAGACCACCAACGCUACCCCGACUUCUCUCUCAUUCCUAAACCCGAACCCGACCCGAACUUCGAUCACGCCCUCACUUGCAUCAUCAUCACCCACUUUCACUUGGAUCACGUUGGAGCCCUCCCUUAUUUCACUGAAGUCUGCGGAUAUCGUGGCCCCAUUUACAUGACGUAUCCGACAAAGGCAUUGGCUCCUAUAAUGUUGGAGGACUAUCGAAAAGUGAUGGUUGAGCGAAGGGGUGAGGAAGAACAGUUUUCUUCUGAUCACAUUGCCGAAUGCAUGAAGAAAGUUAUACCGGUGGAUCUGAAGCAAACAGUGCAGGUUGAUAAAGACCUUCAAAUCCGUGCGUACUAUGCAGGACAUGUUCUUGGAGCUGCAAUGUUUUAUGCAAAGGUGGGAGACGCUGCUAUGGUAUACACAGGAGACUAUAAUAUGACACCAGAUAGGCAUCUUGGAGCAGCUCAAAUUGAACGACUAAAUUUGGACCUUCUUAUUUCAGAGUCCACAUAUGGAACAACCAUCCGGGAUUCAAAAUAUGCCCGGGAAAGAGAAUUUCUCAGAGCUGUUCACAAAUGCGUCGCUGGUGGUGGAAAAGUGCUAAUUCCAACAUUUGCUCUUGGGAGAGCUCAGGAGCUCUGUAUCUUGCUGGAAGAUUAUUGGGAGCGCAUGAAUCUAAAGGUUCCUAUUUACUUCUCAGCAGGUCUGACCCUUCAAGCCAAUAUGUACUAUAAGAUGCUUAUCAGUUGGACCAGCCAGAAAGUUAAAGAAACGUACUCCACACGCAAUGCAUUUGAUUUUAAAAAUGCUCACAAGUUUGACCGUUCUAUGAUCAAUGCUCCUGGACCUUGUGUUCUGUUUGCCACACCAGGGAUGAUCAGUGGUGGUUUUUCACUUGAAGUUUUCAAGCACUGGGCUCCUUCGGAAAUGAAUCUUGUUACACUGCCCGGGUAUUGCGUGGCUGGAACUAUAGGACAUAAAUUGAUGUCGGGUAAACCCACCAAAAUUGAUCUGGACAAGGACACGCAAAUUGAUGUGCGAUGCCAGAUUCAUCAUCUGUCUUUCAGUCCUCAUACAGAUGCCAAAGGGAUUAUGGACCUUAUCAAAUUUCUUUCCCCAAAGAACGUGAUACUUGUUCAUGGCGAGAAGCCUAAAAUGGCUACUCUAAAAGGAAAAAUACAGUCCGAACUGGGAAUUCAAUGUCAUGACCCUGCAAACAAUGAGACUGUCUCAAUUUCUUCAACCCACUAUGUGAAGGCAUUAGCUUCGGACGCAUUUAUCCGAAGCUGCUCAAAUCCAAACUUCAAGUUUUCGAAAAGCAGCCAAGAAGAUGAACACGGUUCAAAUUCGAGAAACAAUAAUUUCACUCCGCGACUGCGAGUAAGUGAUGAAAGGGUAGCAGAAGGGGUCUUGGUUAUGGAGAGAAACAAAAAAGCGAAGGUAGUACACCAAGACGAGCUUCUGCUCAUGUUAGGAGAAAAGAAGCACCAAGUUCAAUUUGCUUAUUGCUGCCCCGCUGAUAUUGGCCACUUGGGAGAGACCAAAAGUUCAACAACAAAUGAUGGUCAGCUUUGCAAAUCUGAGACAUGCUCUCGGCUUCUUCGCCAAUUGUCUGCAAAACUGUCAAAUGAAUUUUCUCAAGGGAACAUCCAAGAUUUUGAGGAUCAUCUUCAAGUGGAGUCGUUUCAUGUGUCCAUUUGUUUGAAGAACAACUGCCCUUACAGAUUAAUGGAUGUUCAAAACAAAUCCCAAGAAGCAGCGUUUUUCUGCUGCAGUUGGGGGACGGCAGAUGAGAAGCUUGCAUGGAAAAUCAUUUCCAUCUGUCAAAAUUUUAACGUACAUCAGCAUAAACAAGGGUGUCUGUACAAUCUGUUAAAUAGAGAAGGAAGAGGCGAGCACACACACUCUCUCUCUCUCAAUCAUGUCUCUAUUUCUCUCUCAAUUAUAAUUGGCAAUUCAAUUGCCUCUUUUUCUCAUAAUUUCAUCACAAACAUGUCCUCGGAAUCUUCGGCUACGACGGCGGCAGCGGCUGAGUCCCAUGCGCCGCUCCUCCUUCCCCGCCAGGCGAGCAGCGGCCGCGACUCCUCCGACCUCGGCUCCCCGACCGCCCGACCCGCCACGCUGGCGAUGCUGCUGGGGCGGGCCACCGGUCGCCGUGGCCCCUCGAUGCUGGUGCGGGAGACGGCGGCCCGGGAACUGGACGAGCGGCGCGCCGACUGGGGCUACUCCAAGCCGGUGGUGGCUCUGGACAUGAUGUGGAACACGGCGUUCGUGGUGGUGUCGGUGGCGAUGCUGAUAUGGACAGACCAUGAGCACCCAAACACGCCGAUCCGGCUGUGGAUCUGUGGAUAUGCGCUGCAGUGUUUCGUCCAUGUGGUGUUGGUGUGGGUUGAGUACCAGAGAAGGAAUAAUAUUGCUCGGAGGAUCAGUAGAAGAAACCAGGACGCCCAGCAGAACCAGCACCAGGUCGAAAUCGAUGCAAAUGAUACCGACGAUGAAGAAGCAGCAGCAGCAGCUAGGGAUUUGGCGAUUUCCACGCGCUCCAGUCUCUCUAAACGAUGCGAAACAGUGAACACAAUGGCAUCGUUUCUCUGGUGGAUAGUUGGCUUUUAUUGGGUAGUCGCUGGCGGUGAAGUUCUUCUGCAAAAUGCUCCACGUUUGUACUGGUUGGCUGUGGUUUUUCUGGCAUUUGAUGUCUUCUUUGCCAUCUUUUGUGUUGUUCUGGCAUGUUUGAUUGGAGUUGCUCUUUGUUGCUGUUUGCCAUGCAUCAUUGCAAUUCUUUAUGCGGUUGCUGGACAGGAAGGUGCAUCUGACGCAGAUCUCAGUAUUCUUCCAAAAUACAGAUUUCGAUCGAGCAGUGAAGAAAAAUCUAGUGUUGGAGCAGGGAAAAUGAUUCCAGUAGAAACAAGCAGUGGGUACUUAGCAAUUGAGCGUAUACUUUUACCUGAGGACGCGGAAUGUUGUAUAUGUCUCAGCCCCUAUGAGGAUGGUACAGAGCUUCACACUCUUCCCUGUAAUCAUCAUUUCCACGCUACUUGCAUUGUAAAAUGGCUUAAAAUGAAUGCAACAUGUCCUCUCUGCAAGUACAACAUUCUCAAGGGAAAUGAACCGGUUUGAAGGAUCAACAGGACAUUGCAAGUGGUUGGUUCUGCACACAGUGGCGUAUGUACAGAAAUGUCAAGGCAUAAAGAGCAAAGAUUUUAAAUAUUUAUUGACAUUGAAUUACAGCAUAGUUAACUAGACCUCAUUUUGUCCGUUUUCCGGCCAUUUGGAGUCGUCUUGAUUCUUUCUGUUUUCGUCUGUGCUGUUUCAUGCCUGUGCAAAGAUGGAGAAAAAGAUACAGGCUUCAACAUCUUAAUGUGUUACUAGGGUUCCUUUCUUAGCAAGGAAAACGAUUGUUUUACAUAUUUAUUAUGUAUUUCUGUUGAUAUGAGGUUGCUAA